ACUUUUGCUGCUGCUUUUUGCUGUACGAAAUUUGUGGAUGUCAGUGAAAGCCAUCGGCAGUGCAGAAAAGUUUAUUUCGUCCUGAGAAUUAAAAUGGCUGGUCUAGUUCAGGAUUGUUUUUCUAUUGGAAGUACCGUGGCCUGUACGACAUGCUACAAUCAGAACAUCGAAGGCGAAGUGCUGGCCUUUGACCAACAAACCAAAAUGCUGAUAUUGAAAUGUUCGUCCGCCAGUAACUCUUCGAAGCUAAAUGAUGUGUACAUUCUCAACUUGGCGCUCUGCAGUGAUGUCCAAGUCAAAAAAGAAGUAAACUCCAUACCAGAUCCACCACAGUCCUUGAAUCUCCAGCGCCUGAGCACCCGAGUCAGAAAUCAAGUGGAGAAGAAGAAGCGACAAGUAUCGGCACUGGCGGCUGGAGUUAGCCAGGAAGGACAGAAUCUGUUUCUGGCUAUUGCACGAACUAUCAAUCAGGUAUCGUGGCAAGGUCCUAACAUAGUUGUGUUCCAAGACGUAACCAUAACACCUCCCUACAAAGUAGAUAAUGUAAAAGGUUCUCCUGAAUCCCGACAGCUGACACACAUAAAGAAAAUAGUCGAAAAACACCUUAAUGAUCAGGCUUCGGCGACUUCAAAUUUACCAUCCGCAACAGUUUCUGCCAAAUAGUGAUGCUUUGGGUGUUUGUUUGUUGAAAGAGUAGAAUGAUUCACCUAGAACAAAAUGCAAUUUCCAUGGUCACUACAAAAAUACGAUCGGACAGCUGUAACUCAACCACACACAUUUAUGAACAAAUAGUUUUCCAGUGGUCAUAUGUUUGAAUUUAAUAACUUCAAUAGAAAACGGAUAACACACUUUUCAUCAGUAUCACAAACAGAAAAUAAAUUCAAAUACUAUAACUGAA